CGCUUUGAAGAAGCUGCUAGUCACGUGCACUCGUAGCUCACGUGGAUCCAGAUAAGGCACAGCCUAAUCGAUAGAUACCUAAGGCUUCCAUUAUCUGAUAAGGCUGCCAUGAAAUCAGCGCGCGCAGAAAUGCAUUCCUUCCAGGCUUCCAUAUUGCACGCCUCGCUCGCCGCCUCGCCUCCUCCCAUCCAUCCGUCCAACAAACCAAAAAAGAAAAAAGAAAAGAAACAAACAAACAAACAAAUUCCUUCCUCUCGAACCGACAGCGACGGGUUGUCCUCAAGAUGACAACAAGCGACGAGCCUCCCAAAUUCGCCAUGAAAGGCUUCUCCCUCUCUCGCGCAUCGUCGUCCAAGAGCGCGAGUCCGCAGCUCGCGAACGGAGGUGCGAAUGGUGUGAAGAGCGCACUGGGCAAGCGGGCGCGCGGCGGCGGCGGCGCGUUCUCGACUACUGCAGAAACGGGGGGAGACUCAGAUUCCGAGGGAGGAGGGUUUGAAGAGGUGAUCGGGGUGGAGAAUGGGAGGGCGGUAGGUAGGAGGAGGGAUGAGGAAGGUGAGGGUGGAAGAGUGAAGGAGUUGGUGAUUCCGAGGAUGGCGAAUCGGGAUUGGAGAGCGGAAGUAAGGAGAGGAAAGAAUCUUUUGCCGCCGGAAGUGCAGGCGCAGAGGGCGGAGGCGGAGGCGGCGAGGGGGAGUGGGAGUGUGGGUGUGAAGAGGGAGGGUGUAGAUGUGGUGAAUUCAGAGGAUGGAGAGAUUAAAUGGGGUCUCAGUGUGCGGAAGAGAGAGAAAGAGACUGAGGAUACUACUGCGCUGGAGAGCAGUAGGGAAGCUGUGGAGACUACUACUACGGACAACAAUACACCGCGAGAAAAGGAGAAGGCAGAAGAAGAUCAGAAGCCCAAAACGGCAGAUGAAGAAGCGCUCGCGGCGCUGCUGGGCCAGAAAUCAGACACGAAAACUCCAGACCUGAUCAUUCCCAUCUCGAGACCCGAGGGCCGCACGACGGAGGAAGAGGCAUAUAGGCGCGCGAUCCGCGAGGCGCCUGACGUCUCGACGCUGGAGGAUUACGAGCGCGUCCCCGUCGAGGAGUUCGGCGCUGCGCUGCUGCGGGGCAUGGGCUGGAAGGGCGAGAAGAAGGGCAGCGUGAAGGAGGUCAAGCGGAGACAGAACCUCUUGGGUCUCGGAGCGAAGGAGUUGAAAGAGGCCGAGGAGCUGGGCGCUUGGGUGCAGAAGAGUGAUGUGAAGAGGUUGAGGACGGAUGGGGGGAAGGGCGGCGGUGGACGCGGCGAUCGGAGACCUAGAGCGAGUGAGUAUGCGAGGGAGAGGGAGGCGGAUAGGGAGAGGAGGUUGGAGAGGGCUGGUGGGGGGUAUCGGAGGGAGAGAGAGCGGGAGCGGGAGCGGGAGCGGGAUGGCGGUAGCUAUAGGAGGGAGAGAGAUGGUUAUAGAUAAGGUAGAUCUGUUUGUCUGGCUCCAGAUACCACG